CCAUUCUCCUUCGGCUGAACCUUGAUAAAAGGUUCCGCGAUUCGUAGAUCUAGAAAGGGCCAAGUUAGCCUAGGAACGAAAAUAAAGCCCGCGCUGGAAAAGGAAACGGCAACAGAGAAGUUUCUCGAAGCUUGGUUCGCCGCUGACUCUAAACCCGCUCGAAAAGGAGGAGCGACGGGAUAGAGAGAGACGGGAGUGCGUCAUCUUCGAGAGAAAGAGGGAAAAAGAUAGAAGUAGUGGGAAUUUCUAAACUGUGCUCGGAACGGAUUUAGAAGGCCCACGUGCUCUAUUUAGGCCCGCUAGGAGACAAAGAGGAGGGAAAAGCGAGGGGAACGGAAAGAAAGGGCCUGGGAAAGCAGGAGCAACGAAGGAACCGAAAGGACGAGUCACACGACGACAGCCGAACGGGAAACUCGAAGGGACCAAAAAAAAUAGAGAGAAAGAUAUCGCUUAUCAAGAUGGGAAAGGGCAAACCGUUGUCUCCGCCGGAGCGCCGCACGAAUGACGUGUUCGACGAGGAAUCGGUGGCUGUCAGAUCGCGAUGGCGAAAUUUGGCCGCCUUCUGGGUAUUAGGACUCUGCAACAAUUACGGAUACGUGGUGAUGCUCAGUGCCGCGCACGAUAUCCUCGAGAGCAAAUUCGGCACGACGGAACCCGUGAGUAACAGCACUAUCGAGGCAACAAACACCACAGGAAUCAGAUCGUGCAACACUCUAUCGACCGGUGCUAUAUUAUUGGCGGACAUAUUGCCAUCGUUGGCGGUGAAAAUAAUCACACCGUUCCUGCCGUUUUACGUACAUGCUCGACUGGCUACCUGUGUGUUAUUUUCCGCUGCAGGAUUCCUUGUGGUGUCGUUGAGCACUACUGAAUGGCUCGCCAUUCUGGGUGUCGUUGUAACGUCUAUCUCUUCCGGUUUGGGAGAAGUUACACUGCUGAGUUACAGUCACCAGUAUCCCAAACAAGUAAUAGCAACAUGGUCUUCCGGUACUGGAGGCGCCGGAAUAAUUGGCGCGCUAUCAUAUGCCGCUCUCACCACUUGGUUGAGCAACGAAGAUACAUUAUUGCUUAUGUUAAUCGUACCGAUCGUACAAGGAAUCACGUUCUGGUUGGUUCUGGUUCAUCCACCGCAGUCCAGCAUUCCGAUCACAAAGAACGGUAUCGACAGCCAAGAACACAUCAUUGAGGUUCCUAGGAAGAGCUUUAAAGAAAAGAUCAAUCUGGUACCGGGAUUGCUGAAGUACAUGAUUCCGCUUGGACUCGUGUAUCUCUUCGAAUAUUUCAUUAACCAAGGAUUGUACGAACUGAUCGAGUUCGAUGACAUCUGGCUAACCCACGCGGCCCAGUAUCGUUGGCUUCAGGUGGAUUAUCAGAUCGGAGUAUUUAUUUCAAGAUCAUCCGUUAAUCUCGUUACGAUUAACAAAAUCUGGAUCAUGGCUGUUUUACAGUUCAUCAACGUCAUAUUCCUGUUGUUCGAGACACUGUACUAUUACAUGCCGAGCGUUUGGAUCGUCUUUGCUUUUGUAUUAUGGGAAGGACUGUUGGGUGGCGGAGCGUAUGUGAACACGUUCUACCGAAUGUCCACCGAGAUUCCGAGGGCAGAUCGCAAAAUAUCUCUAGGAAUAGCGACAAUGGCCGACUCGAUCGGAAUCGCGCUGGCAGGAUGGUUGUCCAUGCCCGUCCACAACGCAAUCUGCAGACUGCCACAACCGACCAGGUUGGGCAGCUAGGAGACAACCGACAAAUAGUGACCGAUGAUCAUGUGGAUGACCAUAGACGCCGUGAAACAAAGUUAUUUAUUGAACCUUCGACAAGUUCUCAUGGCAACGAUAACGUUAUACGUUAACCUCGUCCAUCCGUGAUCGUUUGUCGCUUUCGUAGCGACCGCCUUUAAUACUGUGACAAUAAGCUUGGUUCCGUUCAGACAUUUGUCCGCCAUUGUUGACAAACAAGACUUUGUUUGUCGAAAUUGAUUCAGACAGAGGUUGACAGAAAGGUUUCCAGAGAUGUUCUACAAAAGAAGUUUGCAGAGGUUGAUCGCGAAUGAACAUAAGCGGAGGUGAACAACGAUGUUCCUGAACGGAAAUUCACUAGAUAUAAGUUUUGAUCGUUCUGAGAUUUAUUUGGUACAAAUAUUUAAAAGACUAGGAACAGGAUUAUCUUAACGAACGUUCGUUUCGCUGUGCGUUUGAAAACGAGCUCGAAAUUCGUGACAGACGGUGCUGUCUCGACGUUUUAUUCGCGUGUAUCGAUUUCCUCGAUCGCGAACGCGACACUCAGAGUCUCUGGCUAUGGCUACACGUUGUACAUGCGUUUUGUACGUAUUUUUAGCUGUUAGGUUCAACGUCGUGUUAACGUCGACGAUAGAACGACACCAGUAUUGUUAUCUUUUUAGUUAGCGUAACUCGAUGUUCGCCAUUUAGGUAUACGAACAAGUUUGAUUUAUUGCACACGUUUGCCACACAGGAUCACACAUACGCAUUUUUAGCCAGUCACAAGAUUUCGUACGAAUAUAGGUAAGCCAGCUCGCGCGAAGGUCUCGCAUUUUUCCCUCUUCGUACGAGGAGAGGGCAAGAAACCAGCCAAGCGAAAUAUGUGAAACAUUCCUCGCCAGAAAAUUGUUCGAACACGCAAAAGUAUUAAUUACAAAUCGCAGAAAUGGUGGGAUCAAGAAUUUUGAUGAUCGUGCGUUAUUCGAACGGUCUGACACAUUCUACGAAGGUCCAAUCUUUCAUUUUCUUUCUUUUCUAAUAAAAUAAUUCGCCUUCUUCUAAAUACAUAUUGUAUAUGUGAUAUAUCGAUAAUACUGUUUCCUAUAUUGAUUGAAAUAUAAAUAUAUAUAUAGUAUAUAUAUUUAUAUGCGAGAUAUUAUUAUUAUAUAUAUAUAAAUAUUGUUUGCUACGCCAUAAUAUAUAUUUUGUCGUUGUGGAAUUGUAACUGCGUUCAUGAAACACAUAGUUGCGUUAUUUUUUCCCAUUUGAUUUUUCAAGCAACGAUCGUAAAACAGCGUGACAAGCAAACCAUUGUUCAGACAAAAUGUAAUACUUGUUGUGACCACGUUCGAAAUAAACGCAAAAUCCUUUUUCAAA